CGUAGUGGGACGUCACACGGCGAGCGGCGCAGAACGUUCCGUCGCUAUUGGACCUCCCGAAGCCAUCGAGGUGCCGUUCGGUACAAUUUUACUACCCUGGGCUUUAUGUUCGUACUUUUGGAGUCCGCUUCCAGAUAGCAAGACACUGUGCGGAUUUUAAUCAUCUUUGGACGAACGCGGGAAACAUUUCUGUGAAACGAAAGUUGAGUCGAGAUGAGUGUGGAGGCGUACGGGCCAAGCUCCCAGACCCUCACCUUCUUGGACACCGAGGAAGCGGAGUUGCUCGGAGCGGACACCCAGGGCUCCGAAUACGACUUCACCGACUUUACCCUCCCGAGCCAGACACAGACCCAGGGCCAGACCCAGAGCCAGUUGGACAGUCAGGUUAACGGUCCGGAUGAGGGGCUCCACAACGGCGGAGUGGAUGACUCUGUGGCCAAAGCCAGUCAGCUGUUAGCAGAGCUAAAUUUUGAAGAAGACGAAGAAGAUGCCUACUACACUAAGGACCUGCCGGUGCACGCUUGCAGCUACUGUGGUAUUCAUGAUCCAGCCUGUGUGGUGUACUGCAACACCAGCAAGAAGUGGUUCUGUAACGGUCGUGGAAACACAUCUGGCAGCCACAUUGUGAACCAUUUGGUGCGAGCCAAAUGCAAAGAGGUGACACUUCACAAGGAUGGACCUUUGGGCGAGACGGUGCUGGAGUGUUACAACUGCGGAUGUCGCAACGUCUUCCUCCUGGGUUUCAUCCCAGCUAAGGCUGAUUCUGUGGUGGUGCUCCUCUGUCGGCAGCCUUGUGCCAGCCAGAGUAGCCUGAAGGACAUCAACUGGGAUAGCUCCCAGUGGCAGCCACUGAUCCAAGACCGCUGUUUUCUCUCAUGGCUGGUGAAGAUCCCAUCGGAGCAGGAGCAGCUGCGUGCCCGUCAGAUCACCGCACAGCAGAUCAACAAACUGGAGGAACUCUGGAAGGACAACCCCAGUGCUACCUUGGAGGACUUGGAGAAGCCUGGUGUGGAUGAGGAGCCCCAGCAUGUGUUGCUGCGCUACGAGGAUGCUUACCAGUACCAAAACAUCUUUGGUCCUUUGGUCAAACUGGAGGCAGACUAUGACAAGAAGCUAAAAGAGUCUCAGACCCAAGACAACAUAACAGUCAGGUGGGACUUGGGGCUGAAUAAGAAGCGGAUUGCGUAUUUCACUCUGCCCAAGACGGAUUCAGAUGAUAUGCGCUUGAUGCAAGGUGAUGAGAUCUGCCUGCGGUACAAAGGAGAUCUGGCCCCGCUGUGGAAAGGGAUCGGCCAUGUCAUCAAGGUCCCAGACAACUACGGGGAUGAAAUUGCUAUUGAAUUGCGGAGCAGUGUUGGCGCCCCUGUGGAAAUUCCCCAUAACUUCCAGGUUGACUUUGUGUGGAAGGCCACCUCCUUUGACAGGAUGCAGAGUGCUCUGAAGACUUUUGCUGUGGAUGAGACCUCAGUUUCUGGCUACAUUUACCACAAGCUGCUGGGUCACGAAGUGGAAGAUGUGACCAUCAAGUGUCAGCUGCCGAAGCGUUUUACUGCUCAGGGCCUACCUGACCUCAAUCACUCACAGGUCUAUGCAGUGAAGACUGUGCUGCAGAGGCCUCUAAGUCUUAUCCAGGGUCCUCCUGGUACUGGGAAGACUGUUACCUCUGCCACCAUUGUUUACCACCUGUCUCGUCAGGGCAAUGGGCCGGUCCUGGUGUGCGCUCCCAGUAACAUUGCAGUGGACCAGUUAACUGAGAAGAUUGACAAGACCGGGCUGAAGGUGGUCAGGCUGUGUGCUAAGAGCCGUGAGGCUAUUGAAUCUCCAGUGUCCUUCCUGGCUCUGCAUAACCAGAUCAGCAAUAUGGACAGCAUGCAAGAACUUCAGAAACUUCAGCAGCUAAAGGAUGAGACAGGCGAACUUUCUUCUGCUGAUGAGAAGCGCUACAGAGCCUUGAAACGUACGGCUGAGAGGGAGCUGCUCAUGAAUGCGGAUGUGAUCUGCUGCACCUGCGUUGGCGCAGGGGACCCUCGCCUGGCCAAGAUGCAGUUCCGCUCCAUCCUGAUUGACGAGAGCACCCAAGCCACAGAACCUGAGUGUAUGGUGCCCGUUGUGCUUGGAGCAAAGCAGCUCAUCCUGGUGGGUGACCACUGCCAGUUGGGUCCUGUUGUGACGUGCAAGAAGGCAGCCAAGGCAGGGUUGUCACAGUCCCUGUUUGAGCGCCUGGUGGUUCUGGGCAUCCGACCAAUUCGCCUGCAGGUCCAGUACCGAAUGCAUCCGGCUCUCAGUGCUUUCCCAUCUAACAUCUUCUAUGAGGGCUCCCUGCAGAAUGGUGUCACAGCAGCUGACCGCAUCAAGAAGGGCUUUGACUUCCAAUGGCCGCAGCCGGACAAACCCAUGUUCUUUUAUGUGACUCAAGGCCAGGAGGAGAUCGCCAGCUCCGGAACCUCCUACCUGAACAGGACUGAAGCUGCAAAUGUAGAGAAAAUCACCACCAGGCUGCUGAAGGCUGGAGCCAAGCCAGACCAGAUUGGGAUCAUUACCCCAUACGAGGGUCAGCGUUCCUAUCUGGUCCAAUAUAUGCAGUUCAGUGGCUCCCUGCACACUAAACUAUACCAGCAAGUGGAAAUCGCCAGUGUGGAUGCCUUCCAGGGCAGAGAGAAAGACUUCAUCAUCCUGUCCUGUGUUCGUGCCAAUGAGCACCAGGGCAUCGGCUUCUUGAACGAUCCUCGUCGACUUAAUGUGGCUUUGACCAGAGCCAAAUAUGGUGUGAUCAUUGUGGGAAAUCCCAAGGCCCUUUCUAAGCAGCCACUGUGGAACAACCUGCUGAACAACUACAAGGAGCAGAAGGUCCUUGUGGAGGGACCCCUCAACAACCUGAGGGAGAGCCUCAUGCAGUUCAGCAAGCCACGCAAGCUCGUCAACACCAUCAAUCCCGGCGGCCGUUUCAUGAGCACUGCGAUGUACGACGCCCGUGAAGCUCUCAUUCCUGGCUCUGCCUACGAUCGCAGCAGCUCUGUUGGUCGUCCGUCCAACAUGUACUUCCAAACCCAUGACCAGAUUGGGAUGAUUGGUGCGGGACCUGGUCAUAUGGCUGCAAUGAAUCUCCCAAUACCUUUCAACCUGGUUAUGCCUCCCAUGCCGCCGCCAAGCUAUCUAGGCCAGACUAACGGCCCUGCUGCAGGGCGUGGAGCCUUGAAGGGUAAGCCUGGACGUGGUGGGCGACAGAGGCCCCGUGGCUCAGCAGCCCAAGGUGCUGGUCAUGGACCCAACAGCCAGGCCAGCCAGGAUGGGGCCUCCCAGUCCUUCUCACAGGGGCCGCUGACUCAAGGCUACAUUUCAAUGAGCCAGCCUUCCCAGAUGAGCCAGCCUGGUUUGUCACAGCCAGAACUGUCCCAGGACAGUUACUUGGGUGACGAGUUCAAGUCCCAAAUUGACGUGGCUUUGUCCCAGGACUCGACUUACCAGGGUGAACGUGCAUACCAGCAUGGUGGGGUGACCGGCCUGUCACAGUACUAGAGUGGUGCUUGAAGGAAGUGAGCUAGGCUUGAGCUGAGCUUUAGUUCACUAGCUUUUUAAUCUGGGAAAUAUUAAAAUCAUAAAAUGGAUACCUGUUUUCCUCUGCUACAACCGAAGCACCACCGAGUGAAAGCGACGGGAUAGCAAACCAAUGACCAGCGAGAGAAAUAAGAGGGUAGAAGAAGAGAGCACGAACAGACAGGCGAGGAGAAGGCGAGAGGCCGGUGGACAAGCAAAGAGGCAGGGACCGAUGCCGGUGCGAGGAGUGAGAAGUCGAGAAGAUGGCGACGUGUUGUCAAGCUGCCGAGGGGGGAAAACGAGGGGAGAUGCCAACAGUCUCUUCACGGGAAUGCAAAUGAGGCUCACAUCCCAACCCAAAUGCCCAACGAACACCCUUCACCUUGCAGCCUCCAGGAAAGUCGUCGGAUGACAACUGAAGCUUUCCAGCUGAGUUUUGAAGAAUUGGUUCUGCGGACGUGCAGGAGGCAAGAUCUUAGAAAGUGAUCCACUCGGCGAUAAAAAAAUCAUCCUAAAUGUCAGCUGGUUGUCCAACACGUGAUGUCCUGAACUGAUCUAAAUUUGAUGGAUUGUGGGAGGACAACGCUUACCCGCCAAACUGGGCGCUAAAACCCCCUUGGCCUCGGAAGGAAGUGGCAGUCGACACACACUGUCUCUCUCUCGCUCUCUGGGAGAGGAAACGAAACACUGUUUCUGUGCUUGAGACUGACGCUCUGGAGCCUUGAAUUGAAAAACCUUCCAUUUGCCUUGGGAACCUCUGGCUCUUUUUACAAGGUCUUCUAAUGGAUUGGUUUCAAACCACGCAUUAGUGGUGCGAGUGGCGUGGGGUUUUCAGACUUUUCAAGGCAUGACAUGCAAAUCCCACCCAUGUCAAGACCUUUUUUCUUCUCUGAAGUAGCUUUUUAAUCACGGAGCACAAAAUUGCAACAACAAAAAAAAGUGAUUAAUUACACAUGACCAGCAUUGAAUAUCAACUCGUUGAUCUUUUGAAAACAGAUUGUCUGACCGAGUAUUGAUUUGAGACCACACGUUAAUAAGAUUGUCGGAAAAUGCCUUGUUUGGCGAUUCCUGGGGUGGAAGUUGGAAGAGUCCACAAACCCCAGCUUGAGGUGAAGGAAGCCUAGGCCAGCAUGGAGCUUGUGGUAAUCAACCACACACACACACACACACACACACACACACGAGGGAGAGAAAAGGAAGGUGGCUCAGAAAGAAAUGGGUUACUGGAUCAUGUCACUUUGAGACCUUCAGAUCAAGAGGUGACAGCAAAUGCCUCCAGUCAGAUGGCUGUCAGCCAUUAGCGCACAACAAACUUAGACCAAAUCUCCAAAAUGGCAGCAUUUUCAGGGUUUAAAAACUAAAAACAAAGCCAUUCUCAAUCAUCCUAAUGGGUAGGGACCUUUUUGAGUGCAUUUAAAAUGCAUUUACAGUGGACAUGGUUGUUUCCAUGAAAGGUGAGAAAUGAGCCUAAAUCAGUGCCUAUACAUUUAGAAAAGUGGCUGCAGCACAAGCAUGAAUGUAGUUCUGAAAAACAACCAGCAUUUAAGCCCUUUCACAACACGGGGCUCCGCUUUUUAUUUUUCUACUACCAAUGAGGCCAAAUGAGUUGAGAUGCUGGGUCGGAAGCCACCUUCCUUCUCUGCGGAGUGAAUUGAACGGACUUUCUUUGUAUUAGUGCAAAAUGUGUUUUGCCUGUGUUGUGCAUUUCUUGUAGACUUCCUCUGAGUUUAUUUGGGUCGUAAAUCGGAGGAGGCAACUUAAAGCUGAACCUUUAUUUCAGUUGGCUUCUGUCACAUGCUUUUUUUUUUUUUUGUAUCUGUAGCAACAUGUUGGCAGCGGGAAUGCUUGCUUUAUUAGAUUCUCACUCUUCUCGUGAUUCUAGUUUUGUGAUAGUCAGAUGUGACACGAAUUGUGAAGUACACAUCACCUUUUAAAUAUGUUCCUCUAAGAAGUACUAGCUUUAAAACCCUGGAGUCCCCCACCCCCCAAUCAGAGCCAACAUGUUUGCGUUCCGUGCAGUGAACUUUUUGCUACCAUUUCCUUGAGUUGCUAACAUGUAAAAGGCAGCGCUUAAGUUAGUAAUUGGAAUAUUUCAGUGGGAUGUAAAUAUGGAGUAGAAACAAUGAGUCUAAUUUCAUAUGAAGUGAUACGAAGCAAACGCUGCCAACUGAAUAUUUCAUUUAUUAUGGUAUAAAAUCAAUGUUGAUUUGCAGAUGGUCACAAAAAUGCAAUGCAUAUUAGAUAUUGCAGACUAAUAAAAUGUCAAACCACCUUACGGCGUCACAUUGUUGCCUCCUUUGCCUUUUUUCCUCUUCAUGUGUUUACUUUUUAGUUUCCUUUUGAGCUGUCCUUGUUUCUGUCUGUCAAUGUUCUCCUGUAUCCGCUCUUUGAACUUCUUCUUCUGGCUCUUGAUCUUCUCCAGUUCCGCUUUCCUCUUUGCUUCCAUGUCUGGAUCCUAGAACAGUAGGUUGACCAAUAACACAAAUUCUUAUUAGCUUGUCAGUGGCAGUUGAUGGUUUAGCUCAAUAUAGGUCACGGUUAAAAAUGAGCAAUUCGGUUCCUCAAACUUUUUUUUUUUUUUUUUUUUUAAAACACCAAAAGUGGUCAAAUGUAAAAUUACCCAGUACCCCAAAAGGUAGGGCCAAAUGAAUGUAUGGAAAACACUGAUAAAUAUUAACUCUUAGUAAAUAAUUAAUAAUAUUCUCAAGACCAAAACUUAUUUUAAUUUAACUAGUUUGUGUACACAUGGAGCUGAGAACUCAACCAAAGUUGGAUUUUACACUACCUGUAGUUAAUAUCAUGACGAACAAAACAUUUUAAAAAUAGCAGGAGUUCAGAAGUACAAACUGUAGCUCCAAGGGUUUAGUACUCGCCGACAAAAGCCGGUAUCUUCAACAGUGAUAAAGGCUGGUCGUCCAGCGGCAUCAUUUCCACGAUUAAAUCACAGAUCGCUUUAGACAUUGGGUCGCAUCUGGCAAACUUUACACUUUUCAAAAGCUGCUGCGAUAGGAACAAGGCCCGUGCGUCGUAGCGAGGCUAGCCUUUCAGGUGGCUGACAAGGUUUGAGGUUGUUGAAUGCUCCAAACAACAGGCCGUUUGGAGCAUGUCACAGAAAUGGAAUGCUUGAUUUGCUCAUACUAACCCACGCACAGCACAGUAGGGGUAAUCACGCCUCAUUGGAGCUUUGUUUUUCUUUGGUUAUCGGAUCUAUUUUUGAUCAUUUGUGGGUAUGACGUCAUAAUUCCUCAUGUCGGCACCCCUAUGUUACUCAUAAGUUUUCACUUUUCAUUUACAAAGCAAAGACUUGCCUUUCCUGCCAAGAUCAGCUCUUUCCUCUUAUUGAUCUCCUUUUUCUCAUCAAAGUCUGUCGACUCCAGUCUCUAGAAUGCAGAGUUUCAUGAAAACAUUUCAAUGCAAAGUGUGUGCAUUCAUUUAGAAAAAAGAUCAGCAAAGCUAAAUGAGAAGACUUUACAAU